AUGAAACAAUAUAAAUCUUUUUACCUCCGUUCGCAGUACGACUUACCCAAAAAGUUUUUUAGUCAUUUCUACUUGAUUGGGAUUCAUUUUAGUGGCAUCCUGCUCUCCCUUAUAUUGUCCUCCGGUUUAAUCUCAGAAUACCUCAAUGACAAUGUUUUCUUUCGUACUCUUGGUUGUUCUUCUUUGACUGGCCCAAUUGAUCCUAUGUCAACUGUUUUGGUUCUUGUGUGCAUAUUUGUUCAUGUGAUCCGACGCUAUUUUGAAUCAACUACUAUCAGUGUCUAUUCCAAUGGUAGCAUCAGUGUUCUGCAUUAUAUUGCUGGCAUCAUGUUUUAUAUUUCCUUACCCGUCAUCCCAACUGUAGAAUCUUCAGUGAUCUGUUCAGGAGACAACAUAUUUUCAAGUUUACAUCCAAAUCAGCUGAAAUUCCUGCACAUUUUAGGAUUUAUUCUCUUUUUAUUUGCGUCCUGGAAGCAACAUAACCAUUGCCUUUUAAUUGCCCAACUGAGAAAAGACAAAAAUGCAAAAGUCCGUGACACCAAAUACUACAUCCCAAAAGGUGAUAUGUUUGAGUUGAUCUCGUGUCCCCAUUUCUUUAUGGAGAUCUUGAUUCAUCUUUCAUUCAGUCUAAUGUCCCAACUUGCCAAUGUGCCUCUCUUGUUUUUGCUGCUGUUUGUCAUAACUAACCAAAUCAUUGCUGGCAUUCUCAAUCACAAAUGGUACAAACAGAAUUUUCCUUCAUAUCCAAUCAAAAGGAAAGCAAUCAUUCCAUAUCUGAUAUGA